AUGGAAUUGCAGACAGAAUUGGCCCAGUGUGGUCAAGGUGCUGAUGCUCAGAACAGCCUGAGGUCAAAGCAGAAUGGACUCCAAGUAUCAGUCAAAAAAGAUGAAGGCUCUCUGGAACUUGUGCACCAUCAGUGCAUUUCAUUACAGCUUCUCUCCUGGCUCACUGUGUUGAUUCUAAGAUGCAGCUACAAACUGCUUAUCAAAAUGGUGGGAAUGAUGGGGUUUGUAUUACAUAUCUCAAUAUAUCUUUUCUUUCUUCUUCCCUUCUUUCUUUUUCAGGUUACCUGUGCAAAUUUAACAAAUGGAGGAAAAACAGAACUUCUAAAAUCAGGAAGCUCCAAAUCCACACUAAAACACAUAUGGACAGAAAGUAGCAAAGACUUGUCCAUCAGCCGACUUCUGUCACAGACUUUUCGUGGAAAGGAAAAUGAUACAGAUUUGGACCUGCGAUACGAUGCCCCAGAAACUUAUUCUGAGCAAGAUCUCUGGGACUGGCUGAGGAACUCCACAGACCUGCAAGAGCCUCGGCCCAGAGCAAAGAGACGGCCCAUCGUCAAGACUGGGAAAUUUAAGAAAAUGUUUGGCUGGGGCGAUUUUCAUUCCAACAUCAAGACUGUGAAGCUAAAUCUGUUAAUAACGGGGAAAAUCGUUGACCAUGGCAAUGGGACAUUUAGUGUUUACUUCAGGCAUAACUCCACUGGUCAAGGGAAUGUAUCUGUGAGCCUAGUGCCCCCUACAAAAAUAGUGGAAUUUGACUUGGCACAACAGACAGUGAUUGAUGCCAAAGAUUCCAAGUCCUUUAACUGUCGAAUCGAGUAUGAAAAGGUUGACAAGGCUACCAAGAACACACUCUGCAACUAUGACCCUUCAAAAACCUGUUAUCAGGAGCAGACCCAGAGCCAUGUGUCAUGGCUCUGCUCCAAGCCCUUUAAAGUAAUCUGUAUUUACAUUUCCUUUUAUAGUACAGAUUAUAAACUAGUACAGAAGGUGUGUCCUGAUUACAACUACCACAGUGACACACCCUACUUCCCAUCAGGGUGAAGACCAACAAGUGUCUGAGACUGAAGCCUGGGGAAUAAAAGAGGUCAUAUGACAGGGCUGUAACCUCAAGGAGGAAGGCCACAUCUAUUGCCUGGAAUGUGUCUACCCACUGCUGCUGAUGUCAAAUGGCUGCAAAUAUGUUAGUGGAAAACAAUCUAAUGUAAUUUUUGCCCAGUCAGCUCCAUGUAUCAAUCUAGUUGUAAAUCACUAUGGAUUUGAAAUAAAACCAUACAGAGACACACACUCUUUCAGCUCACAUCUAUUGAGAUUCCUGUUAAGAGAGCUUUCGUUGUCUGAUAUCUAAGGUUUCAGGAUAACCUAUCAUCAAGCAAAAUGGAUUAACUAGACAGAGAAUGGUUUCUAAUGCAGACUGUUAUGGAAAUCUCUUUGAAAGUCCUUUGAGUACACGCCAAUCAAUAAUCCCCACUCAUGCAUUCUACUGCUUGGAGUAGCUGUACUGGUAAAUAAUACUGUAGGAGUAAAUACUUGUUAAAAUGGGAAAAAUGUGUGUCUAGAGUUCAGUAUUCCUUAUUAUAUGAACACAGCAAAGCAUCGUGACUUUUUUCCAGCAUACAGUAGGCACAUUCGAGGUGGUGUUAGGUGGCUCUUUUUCCGUGGAGUGAGCCUGUUACUAGUAAAGAUGGGCAAACAUUUGGAAUUUACAUGUGGGCAGACAUUCUGAUUUCUUGUUUCUCUGACUCUUUAAGCUCUGAUUCUUUAAACCUGGUUGAGUUUAGGCCAGCUAAGAUACUUAAAAACUCUCCAACUGAUCUCUUAAGAAGGAAAAUGCCUGGCAGAGAACAUGUAAGUUAUAAGUGGCUGUCUUAUCUUUAUUACAAAAUAUUGUAACAAAUUCAAUAUCCUAGUCUUCAUUUGUAUGAAUGGUUUGUAUUGUACAUAAUUUAACCAGUGUUAUUUGAGCUGCUUAUUAAUAUUAACUUGUAAUUGUCUCUCUGCUUGUUAUUGGUUAAAAACAAUCAAGGAAAUGAGGAAUCCAUUUUAUCAAUGUAGCUGUAAACUCCAUUAAAAGACAGAACUAUGUACAAAGCAUUUAUUCAGCUAAAGUAUUGUUGAAAGCUAUACAUAUACAUUACAGUCUGUCUGUAUUUAGAUAUUUUAUUUCCAGAGAAAAAAAAUGAACUGUACAUAAAAAUAAAAAAUCUUAAAGUUGAGUUUCAA